UCUCGCCCCUUGGCAUCGACAACCAGGCACACACAUUUUGUAUUGAAUUUUGUUGUUUCUUUGUUAAAAAUAAAUAAAAUAUAUACAAAAAAAAAAAAACAGUUUUCAUAAUCAAUAUAUUGUUUAUCUAAAAUUAUUUGUGUGUUCUAAAUAAAUAUUCAUCAAAAAUAGAAAUAAAAUUUAUUGGUUUUUUUUUUGGAUACUGUCAAAGUGUUGACAAGAAAAAUAGAAAAAAAAAAAAUUGGAGUAACUUUAUUAAUAAAUAAAUAAAUUAUCAAAAAUGUCAGAUAUAGAAAUUGAUGAACGUGUUACUGAUGAAAUUGAAGCACUAUGUGCAAUAUUACUUGAUGAUGAAUUAACAGUAACAAAAAAUAAUGAUGGUGUACCAAUAAAUAUUGAAACAUUAAUUGUUCCAUCAACUGGUGAAGAUUGUCAAUCACAAUAUGUUUGUAUAACAUUAUCAGCAAAUUUACCAAAUGGUUAUCCAGAUGUAUCACCAUUAAUAACACUUAAAAAUCCACGUGGACUUGAUGAAAAAACAGUUGAAAAAAUUAAAUAUGAAACUGAAUUAAAAUGUUUAACAUUUAUUGGACAACCAGUUAUGUUUGAGCUAAUUGAUGUAAUACGUGAUAAUUUAACAAAAAGUAAUUUACCAAGUGGACAAUGUGCAAUAUGUCUUUAUGGUUUUUGUGAUGGUGAUGAAUUUAUAAAAACAGAUUGUUAUCAUCAUUUUCAUUCAUAUUGUCUUGGACGUCAUGUAAAUGCAUCUAAAAAAUAUUAUAUUGAUGAAUUAAAUAAAUUACCACAAUGGCAACAAGAAACAUCAAAUGAAUUUCAAGCAAUAUGUCCAGUUUGUCGUGAUAUUAUUAUUAAUUGUAAUUUUGAUAAUCUUUGUAUGGCAUCACCACCAAUUGACGUUGUAAAUGCAUCAGAUUUUUCAUUAACAAAUGAAUUACUUGAAUUACAAAAAAAAAUGUCUUUAUUAUAUUUAAAACAACAAGAAAAAGGUGGUAUUAUUGAUCCUGAAGCUGAGGGUAUUAAAAUGUUGUUAAGAACAGAUGAUGAUAAUGAUGAUACUGGUGUUGAUGAUGAUUCAAUUGCAACUCAAUCUGCUGGAUCAAGUUUGAAUGUAUUGAGUCAAAAUAAUGUUCGUCAACAAGAUACAAAAAAUACUACUCAACAAAGUCAAUCACAAAUUGACAAAUCAAAUGAUUGUCGUCAAUCACAGAGUGAUAAUCAAAAUAAUAAUUAUGGAAGAAAAAAUCGUGGUGGACGUGGACGAGGUGGUGGCAAAAAUCAUCAUCAUCAUAAUCAUCAUCGUCGUAAUUAUGAACGUUUUCGUCAAACAACUGAAACAACAACACCAAGAUGACAAUGGGCUCGUAAUAAUAUUAAUAACAUUGCACAUUUUAUUAUUAGAAUUAAUAUUAUCAAUAAUAUUAUUAAUGAUAAUUUAAAUAUCUUUAUUAUUUGAUUUAUUAUUAUUCAUUUAAAAUUAUUAAUAUUUCAUGAUUUUUUUCAAUUUAAUACUAUUAUUAAUAUUAUUAGAAUUGAAUUUUUUUUGUGUUCAUUUAAAAUCAGAAAAAAAAGAUGAUACUUGAAAAGAGAAUUACAAAUUUAAAAAUUAAAAUUAUUAUAUCUUUAAAAGAUAUAAACAAUAUUGAAAGAUUUAUAACAAAAAAAAAAAGAAAGUAAGAAAAAAUGAAUUUAAAUAGUUCAUUCCAUUGUGUUCAAUUAGUUUGUAUAAUUUUUUUUUUUUUUUUUCUUUAUUUAAAACAAAAAAUCAUCUUUGACUGUGAUAAAAAAUGAUUUUUGUAAUUUAAUUUAAUAAAUUUUUG